GUUAAAAAAUCUAUUAAAACCCUAAAAGAAGAAAAUUGAGCAGCUCCGCUCCAUCAAGAAAACAAAACCGUUUUGCACUCAAUUUACUCAACUGCUCGGAACGCACCCGAACUCGAUCGUCUGCCGCCGCAAACUUUGAGAAACUCGUCCAGAUAAGAGCUCCCAUGGAGAAAGGAGAUAUACCAGAGGAUGCUAACGACCAUUGUCCAGGUCCUCAAUCUGAAUCUGCUGGAAAAUCUGAUGCUUGUGAAGGAUGCCCUAAUCAGCAAAUUUGUGCCACUGCCCCUAAAGGACCUGACCCUGAUAUGGUUGCCAUUGCAGAAAGAAUGGCUACUGUGAAACAUAAGAUACUGGUCUUAUCAGGAAAAGGAGGUGUUGGCAAGAGCACAUUUUCUGCCCAGCUGGCUUUUGCUUUAGCUGCAAGGGAUUUUCAAGUGGGUCUUCUUGACAUUGACAUGUGUGGUCCAAGCAUCCCAAAGAUGCUUGGCCUAGAAGGUCAUGCGAUACACCAAAGCAACCUUGGGUGGUCUCCUGUCUAUGUUGAGUCUAAUCUUGGGGUCAUGUCAAUUGGGUUCCUGCUUACUGAUCCAGAUGAAGCUAUUAUAUGGAAAGGUCCUCGCAAAAAUGGGCUUAUUAAGCAGUUUGUAAAAGACGUUUAUUGGGGUGAACUUGAUUUUCUAAUUGUUGAUGCUCCACCUGGAACCUCAGAUGAACACAUUACAAUUGUUCAAUGUCUAGAUGCCUCUAAUGUAGAUGGUGCAAUUAUAGUUACCACUCCUCAACAAGUCUCUCUCAUUGAUGUGAAAAAAGAAGUUAACUUUUGCAAGAAAGUUGGAGUGAAAGUUCUUGGGGUUGUAGAGAAUAUGAGUGGCCUGUGCCAGCCCAUCACAAAUUUCAAGUUUAUGAAGGUUACAGAGGAUGGUGAGAUGAAAGAUGUUACAGAGUGGAUAUCGGAAUACAUGAAAGAAAAAGCGCCUGAAAUGAUGAAUUUAAUUGCCUGCAGUGAAGUAUUUGAUAGUAGUGGUGGUGGAGCGUUGAAGAUGUGCAAAGAGAUGGAUCUACCCUUUCUUGGCAAGGUUCCUUUAGAUCCGCAGCUUUGCAAGGCAGCCGAAGAAGGUAGGUCCUGUUUUGCAGAUAAAGAUUGUGUUGUGAGCGCCCCAGCAUUACAAAAGAUAAUAGAUAAGUUGUUGGAAACUAGUGGGUUGUCAACGUUGGUAAGUAACGGAGUGUAGGAGAUUUAUUUUUGGUUGCAUCUUUGUAAAUCGAAACCUAAUUGACAAAGAGUAUGUUUUCCUUUUUCUUAAGUUGUAAGUCAUGUAAAAUUGAAGUGGGUUGAGACAUUUUGGAGUUAACAAUAAAAGUAAUCAAUAGUUUUUUAGCAAGAAUUCAA